AAAAUCAGUUGUUUCGUGUUUACAAAAAACAUUCUCACUUUCUGUGUAUUUACUUCCUAUUUUACAGCAAUAACUUAAUUUAUUUCCAUGUGUGAUUCAUAGCUAGCUUGACGUUCUUUAUUAAAUAAGACAGCAGAUGCCUGUGUCUUCCUUAUAAGGAAAAGUUCAAGGUACAGAAAUUUGCAAUAGAACUGACAUAAUCGAAUAAAGAAUCACAUUACCAAACCCAAACCACACCGAUCCACACCAUACCCGAACUCUAUCAUACUCAACCAACAACCAACAACAAAUCUCAGAACCAACAACAAAACCCAAAAGUUCAACCAACCAUUCCAUAUCAAAAAAACAAUGUCAAUUGAUAACACAAACUCCCUAACAUCUUCAAUGAUCAGCCGAACAGACUCUAUCAUGUCAUCAGAUGUCGACGACGACCUCAAAAGCAUCUUCAAAGACUACGACCAAAUGUCAGAACUCGAAUUAUCACAAACAAAAGAAAAAUGCAUGUCUUUAAUUCAUGAAUCAGAAGUUGAAAGUUCACAGCAUAAAUGGCUUGUGAGAAAGCUGGUGGAACUAAGGUAUCGGCAUGUCCUACUCACAUCUGACAAACAAGAUGAAACAUGCAAAGAAGUGUCAGUAUCUGGCCACAAUUUCAAGUCCAACAAGCAGAUACCAUCAAAAAGAAUUUUCUGUGAUUUAUGCACCAAUUGCAUUUGGAUCUUCCAGCAGUGCUUCACAUGCAUCAAUUGCUCAUUUAAUGCUCAUUCAAAAUGUGUCAAAUACAUUACUCGAACAUGCUCGCAUGUUAUUGUGUGUGAAAAAGGAGUUCCUGAAAGUCGAAUAUGUCCUGAGAUUGGACUUGCUUUACAGGCAUACCGCUGUGCUGAGUGUCGAAUCCAGUUAAUGAAUAAGCAAUAUUAUUUAGAACCGCGAAAGUGCCAUUAUAGUGGAUUAUAUUUCUGCAAGUCAUGUCAUUGGAAUAAUUAUAGUAUAAUCCCGGCCAACAUAACACACAAUUGGGACUUUGAACAGCGCCCUGUAUCCCGAUCAGCACUGCAAGAAAUUAAUUUAUUUUAUGAACGUCCUGUGAUUAAACUUGAAGCUUUAAAUCCAAAACUUUUUGUCUUCGUUCAGAAACUUGGAACGGCAAAGAUGAAGCGACUCCAGUUAAUGGAAAUGAAGAGAUAUUUGGAUGUUUGUAAAUUUGCACUUGAUGUAAAGCUUGUUAAUAGAAUUGUGAACAAUAGGAGGUACUUGGUGGAGGGGUCUGAAAUGUACAGCGUUUAUGAUUUAGUCUGCAUCGAGAAUUGUAGCUUUUUUGAGUUGCUGAAUGCAAUUAUUAGCAAGUUUAAACAACAUAUCAUGACUUGUGAGAUUUGCCGAGGACAUGGCUUCAUCUGUGAGUUUUGUGGUGAUUCUCAGCCAAUUUUUCCAUUUAAUGAUGGAAUUUAUAAGUGUGAGACGUGCAACCAUUGCUUCCAUAGACCUUGUAUAACUGGAUUAAGAAGAGGAUGUCCUAAAUGCUCAAGAAUGAAGGAAAAGAAAGUAAUUGAGAAUGAAGAAAGUUGAUUAUUUUUAAUUUUAUUUUAAUAAACAUUCAAGGGUGCGGAACUGAUGAAUUAUCAAUUUUGUAUAAGUUUCGUACCCUUGUAAACAUUUUGAUUA